CCGACCAUCGCGCGCAUUGCACGUCGGGACGGUGGUUCGUAGUCGGCACCAGGUGGGCUCUAUCCAGUUCCUAUCCGGCAGCGGACGAGCAAGGGCAACAGAAGCUGUCGUUUCGGGGCCCAAGGGAACGCGUUUCGUUCGGCUUGGAAUCCACCAUUUUUCGUCGGAUCGAAUCCAAAGGAAGCUACCAAAAAAGAUCCAGGGGCGGGGAACGCUAAGUGGACUUAAGACCGUAAGAUGGUGACCGAGUGCGACAGUUUCGGAUCGAGUUGACGAGGGUUCCUUGGUGGAGACGUCCAAUAGAUCAACGGGCUUCAAAAGAAGGAGUGGGGACAGCAGCGGCUCUAGAGGCCCAGGUAUUCCGACUGUUGCAACGAGGACGCGCAGAAAUCGAACAUGGAUCCUUAUUCGUUGAGUGUGGAGCGCGAGGCAUCGAAGAAUAUCGAGGAGAACGAGCGAGAGUGCUUCAAGGAUGCGAUCGUGUCGAGCAGAAGCCUUAACAAAGGCUUCGUCGAGCCGACAAAAAUCAGGAACGCCAUAGCGGAGAUCGCCUCUUGUAUCAUUUCCGCGUCUUUCCACAUAUCGGUCGGCCUGUGCAUGGCGUACUCGGCGAUUCUGAUUCCUCAUCUGGAGGCCGAGGACGCGGAACUGCACGCCACGCAAGAGCAAACUUCCUGGAUAGCCAGCGUGGUGGUAGUGGUCGCACCAGCUGGUGCUCUUCUCGGCGGGUUGCUGAUGGAAACCGUGGGGAGACUGAGAACCCUUCAAUUGGGCUCGAUCCCCUGCGUUAUAGGUUGGAUUCUGAUCGCUCUCUCGACAAACUUCCCGAUGCUUCUGGCCGGUCGUCUCUUAUCUGGUGUGGCCACUGCGCUAUUAACGUCGCCAGCGAUCGUCUACAUCACAGAGGUAGCCCGACCGGAACUUAGGGGAUCGAUGAUAUCAUUUGGUCCGACUUUAGCCUCUUUUGGCAUGGUCCUCUCGUACCUGAAGGGAGCAUACAUGCAUUGGCGGCUGGUGGCCUGGUUGAGCAUCAUUUACGCUGUCGUGCCGAUCAUUCUGGUCCAACUGUUCGUCCCAGAGUCGCCGGUCUGGUUGGUCUCGAAGCACCGCGAGGCUGAGGCGAAGAAGUCGCUGGAAUGGCUGUACAAGUACGACGUGAAACAGGGGAAGAUGAGCGCCGCGGAGGCGCAGUUCACGACCAUCAUGAAAGAGAUCGAGAUCAAACGUAGCGAGCAACGGAACAGCAAGCACGGUAGCGCGUUCCACAAGCUACGUGGAUUCUUGAAGCCUACAGGAUGGAAACCGUUGACGAUCCUCUUCCUGUUCUUUUUGUUCCAACAGUUCUCCGGCAUCUAUAUCACGCUGUUCUACGCGGUCACGUGGUUCCAAGAAGUCGGUUCAGGCGUGGACCCGUACAUCGCCUCGAUUCUAGUCGGUGUGACGCGUUUCCUCUGCUCGAUGGUGAACACCUGGCUCCUUAGACGAUACAAGAGGCGUCCGUUGUGUAUAAUUUCGGCGUUGGGGAUGGCGGUUUGCAUGAGCAUUUCCGGUUAUUACACUCUGAUGAUCAAGAACGGCGAUCGUUCCGGCUACUGGGUGCCUGUGGUCUGUCUGUUGCUCUACGUCUGUACCUCCAUGGUGGGUAUGCUGACCAUCCCGUGGACCAUGACCGCCGAACUGUUCCCUUCCGAGAUCAGAGGAAUCGCCCACUCCAUCAGCUUCUCGAUAGCCAAUCUCCUGAUGUUCGCUGCUUUACAGAGUUACAGAAGCCUGCAAGAUUUCCUGGGUGGUGCCUACGCAGUCCAAUGGUUCUUCGCCGGUGUAUCGAUAGGGGCUGCUGUUUUCGUUUGGGUGAUGCUACCGGAGACCCACGGCAAGAAGCUGUCCGAGAUCGAGCAGUACUUCCACAACAAUUUCCUGGCGCUUGGCGCGGAGGCGAAGGCGAAGAAGCAACAGGCGAUCAGACGGGCGAAGAGACACGUGAAAUCGGAGGCCAGCGAGCCGUUAAACCCGUCGAAACUGAAAUCCGCGCAGUACGUUUAGAAUCCGUGAAUCGUAACCUCGGCUAUGAAUUCCUUUUCCUAGGUUCUAAUCACGUAUCUAAUAAUACGUUCAUUGCUGCACGCGACGCAGGGAUUAAUGUUCUUCUAGUUAGUGUCUCUGGAAACGAUUUACGUUUUUCUUUUUUCUUAUCUCACGCGCAUCGUCGAUAGGGUAGCGCCACUUGUGAGUCGAGGGGCUAAUGUGUCAAGCAGCAGUGGCUUCGCUUUCGCUUGAACCCCGUGUCCGUGUGUGGAUCGGAUACCAAUUGGAAUAUCAGCAAGGCAAACAUACCGUGUGGAAUCGCUUUAUCGCUUGGCACCAGUCAAGAUCGCAAGAAAUUCUCUGAAACAUAAGAGAAAGUGAAUGUAAAUUGCACCGACGUAGAUUGUCCGCGUCUUCGUUUAUUUCGCUGCUUGACAAAAAGGGACCCGUGAAUUCGAGAUACGCGCCAGAAAACGGAUCCGAUGACGUACACACGCAACGUGGCCUACUCGCCUAGCUCUUGGCGUGACACGGAUCAUUCCGACGAGAAAACCGAAAACACACGACACACAAAACAGUAUUACGAGUUGAUCUGAUACAGUCAUCCGUGCGGAUAUUCACGGAUGGCCGUAAAAGAGAUGGAUGAUGAUUCUUCGUGCAGGCGUUGGCUAGACGACGCGUCCACGGCGUUCCGUGGGGCUUCGUCGUCUAUCGUGGUGGAUUCGUUCGCCCGUUCACACCGGGCGGACAGAGCAUUCCUAUUUCUGGAAAACAAUUCAAACAACUUCGCUGUGAUCUAACAAUAUUCGCAAAGAAACGUUUUACGAUAGAGUAUCUUGGCCGACCUGGGUAUCCAUACGAAGUUACUUCAAACGAGUCGAUGAUCGAUCGUUUGAUUUAGUCGAUAAACGUUAACCUUCAAACAUGGUUAAUAGGGACAUUGUACCAAGUUGUUUGUUUUUUUUUUUUUUACAGCAUAAGCAACAGAGUAUUUAAAGUGAUUCACUGUUUGAAAUCUUAUUCUACGUAUGUAUUUGUAUUUCAAAUAACUUGUGCCCAGGUUCGGUAUCGUAUUUAAUUUCAAUGAACGUACAAGGUGACCGGAAAUAUGUGUUUAAUUCUUCGACUUUAUUCAUCGGUAAUAUAUGGAAAGAGCUUUUUCACGAUAGUCUUUCUUUUUAAUGGGGGAAAAAAAACAUUUAUUUCCGAAGAUUUGUUUGUAAGAGGGGGAAUAAUGUUGGUUCGUACCAUGUAUUUUUGGACACCCUGUAUCGUGUACAGGUGCUAUGUUAGGUGAUCAUCUACCGUGAGAGUUCAUUUGACGUAUGGACUAGAGCUUUUUUUUCUAUGGUGCCCCUCCAUUUGAACAGGUACUUAAGAUUACGACCUUUUGUACGAUGUUUAUUCGCGUUUGAUAUCCUACACUUACGAAUGCAAAUCCUUUUUCGAUACCUUUGUACUAUGUAUUUAUAUACCAAAAUGAUCCAUUUGUGAUCUAUAAUAGACUAUUAACUGAACGUACAAAGUGUUUUUUACAGACAGAAGAAUUAUAGUAUGCAAUCGCAGACGAUCUAAAGGAUAGACUUGACGUUCGAUAUACUUCUGUGUCAAACAUAACAAACAUUUUAACUCUGAAUAAUCACACAAUUACUUAUGUGAUUCAUUUUACACCUAAGGGUCUAAUGGACCUGAAUUUCUAGUUACCAAGUAUUCGUACCUUAAGGAUAAAACAUUCUUCUCCAUAGAAGUUACUUUCCGUAGGAUCCAUAGACCCUGAGGUGUAAUUGCAGGGUUUUUUUCUUCCUAUUAAAGUAUCUGGGGUAAUUAUAGUUUCCAAAUGCACCGUUAUUAAUCGCAGAUGGCGCUAGAUCGUCAAGAAACAUGUUUACCACGUCGAUAUUACAGGGCAUUUGACACAAACUGCUGAAACGUCAGGUCUAUCCUGAUCUGUGGUGACACUUCAAACCGGUUCUGGUUAACAGAAGUCCGCAGGGAUAUUCUAUCGCUGACUAAUCGAACGUACUUUAAUCGGAUGUGAUAAUCUCGUAAUCGAUGGACCAGGUUGAGCGGUGUUACUAGAUGAAAGUCGCGGCCGAACGAGUGUUCAGCUUGCCGGCGAGAAAUUGCGUUGCGUCACCCGGAAGUUCCGGUCGGAUUUUAUCGACAUAGUCAGCUUGCCCGUGAAAAUCGUUCAGUAGGAAAAUUCAAAUCCAUGGAGAGAAACAAAACGCAACCAAAUUCUCGAUCAUCGUUAGUGCUCCCCAGAUGGGAUGAACUAACGAUUAUACACUUAUUAAGAGAUAAAGAUAACCGUUAGCGUAAUUUCAAAAGAGAAAAAUUGCUGGGCAGAUACGCGUCGAGAUUUGUGGUUCGACAAGUGCCUUUCGUUCUUUUUUUUUCCUCGACUAUUCGGUAAUUAUUCGUGAUAUAAGUGUGCAUGAAUAUGCGUGCAGAGUAGUGAUUAUUAUUAAUAUACUUUGUAUCGUACUAUACGGCAUGCUUGUAUUCUAUGAGUGUACAUGUAUGGAGGCACACAUACGUGCCUAUAUCUAUAUGCGUAUACUAUUGUAAAAUUUCAUAAAAUGUUUCUAAUAAAAGUGUAUUUUUGGAAAC